AUGUCACUGAGACCUCGCAUUGUGAAUUUUGACGAAACAUGGGCUAAGAUCCUGGAAACAUUGCAAUCUGUAGUGACACUGAAGAAGAUUGCCCGAGCAGUGUGGAACGACAGAUUCUCGUAUCCUUGUACUUUCUUGCCUUUUCGAUAUCUUAUGUAUCGUUGACGCCCGUAAUAAGGGGUGCACACGCUGAUUUAGCGUUAGAGUUUCAUCAGGAGAAAACGUUUCUAAGCUAUGGAGAAACCAUGAAGUUUCACAAGUGUUGCAAGUUGGUUUGAAUAACACGUACUGAUUUAAAACUGAUCAUAAUUAGCUUAGUAUCUUUACGUACCGGAAUUUGUUGUUGUAAAAAGGAACUGCUGACCAUGGUUAAAAAUUUCAUUACCAAUCUCAACUGGAGAAUGUUUUCAUUAUGGAGAAAUAUUAGAAAGCAAAAUUGCUGAUUAAUACAUGUAUCAGUUUUCAUCAUUCUCAUGCAGUAUUUGGGUUUUAAGGGUACCUUAUUUUAUUAACCCGGAAAAAAGAUAACUAUAAUUUGUGAUGAAUUUGCCUUUUGUAACGUUAUUUAUGUGAAUUGAUUGCAUUAAGUUUUUCAUUUAUUUUUUGAUGAUGGAGGUGACGUGUUUGGGUUAGGGUUGACAUGUACAAGCAAGAAUUUAUGAAGACCGCAGAAAAAGCAAUAUAAAAUCAGAGGAGUUUCAAAGGUUGAGAGAGAUUUAUAUGGCAGGCCAUGCCACAACAUUCCCCCGUCAUACAAAUGUCUGUAAAAUUUUUGUGACUCUAUCUUAACUCAUUUCCGACAUUAUAUUGCCCUCAAAUGAUGCAAGGUAUCUAAUGUUAAGGUACUCUUUUAACUACUUCCUGGAUGCUGACUACCGGUAAUUGAUCCUGAUGUUAAAAGUUGAAAAAAAAAACAUCAGUAAGGGUCUAUUGUUUGAAUUUACAUCUUAUUAUAGACUUAACUGAUUUAUAUUUGAAAGUGUGUGUUUUAAUUUUUUUAGAACAUAACUGAAGGUUCACAGGGAUUCAAAGCCAAAUUCAGAUAUAGAAAUCAGAAAUAAGAAAUCAGAAGUCAGAAAUCAGAUUUUAGAAAUCAGAAAACAGUACUUAAAGAGAGAACCUGGGUGGAUGUUCUGAUACCCGGUUUCUGAGUUUAGAGUUCUUAUUCUGAUCUCUGAUUUCUACAAUCUAAUUUUUCAUUUUGAUUUCAGUUUCUUGAUAUCUACACUGGACUUGUAAUUUUUAACAUCUGAUUCUAAUUUCUUUUUCUUCAAAAAUCAGAAAUCAAUUGUCUUCAAUUAGUCAGAUUAGUGUUCUUAUCCCUGAAAUUUAGAAAAAAGGGCUUCCCAAUUGUGGCUAUUGUCUCCAUUUAGUGAAGGCAUUGUCCAUGUACGGUGUGUAGGUUCUAAGUCUGUAAGUAGGUAAAGUUUCAUAGAAAACCCAAUAACCCAACUAUUAUUAUUAUUAUAUAUGUUGUUGCUGCAUUUUCCUUAACAUUUUGAAAGUGAUGUUUAUGCUCUGUGUGUGGCAUUUCCAGAAGCUUUAGGUGAAAAACUUUACGCUGAAGUGAAGAACUUCUUGGAAAACCAUGUUCAAAGUCUGUAUGAGGUAGAUAUGAAACGGUACAAUACAUAUAUAUUUAUUUAUUCUAGGCCAAAAGUGAAGCUCUCGUAGGAGACUGUUGUAAUAUUGGUUUUAAUUAUGCGGAACAAACUAAUUUGAACAGGACAGGGGAAGGCAAUCCUUUUUCUGUUUAUUUGCCAAGUGAGUAGUCAAGAUAGUUGAAUGUUACCUGGUUCAUUUUGUUUUUCAUCUUAUAUUGACCAAGAGAAUGAAUAAUCGUAAAAAUAGGUGAGGCUGACCAAUAUUGAGCCAUCCUGAAAGAACACUGCUUUUAUCCUAGUUACCAAAAGAAAACUUUUCACCCUGAGCAAAUUGGGAAAUCUCAAUCGGGCAAGCUAGGCCUAUUUUGUUUGCUCAAGUAGUCAACGAGACACAGGACUGGCUUCAUCUUGCCUACUCCUUAUUAUACUCCUAAUCAUAACUAUAACAAAAUUCUUAAAUCUGAUUGGCUAUCAACUGCCCUGAUUUCAGCCUUAAUAGGACGGUUAAAUAGGACAGUACGUGUCAUGCCUAAGUAAUUGGACAGUACGCGCCAUCACACGCGCUCUUAAAUGGCUUUUUUUUUUUGUCACUGCUAGCAAAAAAAAUCUCGGAAUUUCUUGUGUUUUGAUUAAAAAAGGAGCCUCUUAUAUCACAAAUUUUGUUAAAGUUAUAAUUAAUUGGUAACAGAACUUCGCGUCGUCCAAUUCGGUCUGUAAUCAUAGUCGUGAUUAAACAAAUCGGACUCCUGCUACGCGGUCGUCCAAUUUUGUUAAUCACUUUUAUGAUUACAGACCGAAUUGGACUCCACUCAGUCCUGUUACCAUUGCUUAGUACCCUAAGGUCCAAAAGUCAGGGUCCCUAUAUGCAGGUGCUUACAUUGUAGAAUAAGAAAGAAAAAUACUCAGAAGCUUUUUUAUCCGUGCAGGCUAUCAGUGUCCCUGAUGUGGACAUACUGCGACUUUACCACAGUCACUGGAUGCAAUUCAGUAAAGGUUCCUUUUAUAUGAACCUGUUAUUUGGGUGAGUUACAUGUAGUAAAUAGGUUGUUAUGAGGUAUCAUGAGGAAAAUGAUUGCCAAAUAACAAUUUGCUGUACCUUUUAAAAAGCUAAACCCUUCCAAGGCUGUACUCUAAUGGCGCCCAGUCGCCUGAGGAGACUAACAUUUAGGUUCGGGUGAGUGAAAAAAAUUCACAGUCGCCUGGCCAGGUACUCUGGCUUUUAGUACAGUGUUCAGUUAAGCAGGCUGGAAAAUUUAACAUACUGGUGUUGGCUUGUUGUUAAACUCCACAGAAUUUUUUUUUUUUGUACGAAACAAACAGGCAUGUGUCAAUGUUCAAAGGUCGUUCUGAAUGAUUUCACAUGUAGUUAACAUACCGUAAAAUUCCGAAAAUAAGCCCCGGGGCUUAUAUUUUUCAAAGGCCCUUUUGGAGGGGCUUAUUUUUGGAGGGGCUUAUAUUCGGAGGGGCUUAUCUACGGAGAGAAAUUUGCGUUUCAAACUCGAUAGAGCUAGCCUUAUAGUUGGAAGUAAAUUUACCAUUUUUUCUUUGUUCUACUUUGUAUUUGAGGGCAAUUUUCCAAGUACAAGCCCCUGGGGGGCUUAUAUUUGGAGGAGCGAUUUAACAGAGGGUUUUUUCCGUUAACGGUUUGGGGAGCUUAUAUUUGGAGGGGCUUAUACAUGGGGGGGGCUUAUUUUCGGAAUUUUACGGUAAUCCAUCACUUUGUGCAUGACAAGCGGCAUGGAUUUCAAUUUUACCUUUGAGAUAGAAUGGUUUCAACUUGGAGAGUUUUUUUUAUAUUAAAAUAUAUCUAUUUUGAAACUCUGUUAAACAGUGAAAACCAGUGUGGAUCCACACCUGCCUUGUGACAUACAAUAGCCCCUUUAAUUGCUGUGAAGUAAGAAAACUUAACAGCUAACUUAUAGACCGUUCACAUAAGUUGAUCCUGAGACCAAUUAAAAGUAAAAUUUAUUUAUUUAUCUACAGCUAUAACUAUGACUUUUUGGAAAUGGAAAGCCAACCUAAUCUGGUUUUUUGUGUGAGUGUUAUUUCGAAACAAAGUUUACCAUCCACUGCUUUGUGUUCUGCAGAUAUCUAAAUACUCAUCUUAAAAAGCAGAAACAGGAUUAUGGAGAAAUCUCUCCCUACAGUAUCUCAGUCUGUCCUGAUGCAAUGGAAGAAGUCAUGGAUGUUGGAGCAGUAAGUUAAUACUAAUUAUUAUAUAAUACAAUCUGAGUGUAUUAAAGAUCUAGACUUGUAAAGCGUAUCCAUGGACACAAGAUUAUGAGCCAACCGACUGUAGUUUGAAGUUAUGUUUAUAUGACAAUCAUAUAUGAGAAGUGUGGGGUGAAGAAUUAUAUGAAAGAAGAUCAUCGCAAUUAUAGACACAACUUUUGCAGUAGCGAAAAGAAAGCCUGAAAAAAAUUCAGGCUUGUAUGGGAUUUGAACCCUUGACCUCUUUGUUACUGGUGCAGUGCUCUUACCUAUUCGGCUAGGAUGAUGAUGAAGUUGUGAAUAUCUGACAAUCAUAUAUAAGAACUGUGAUGAUCUUCUUUCACAUAAUUCUUCACCCCGCAGUUUCAUAUAAGGAUUGUAUUUUCUUUUACAAUGGCACUAAAAUUAUAAAAGUGACAGUGCCAUUUCAUUGAAGGCUUUGGUUUCAACAGUGUAUAAGCUUGCAGAUUCUCAUCAAACAGGCUUCCUAUCUUUAAAAAAAUUGUAAAAACAACACAGGGUUCUCAAUAGAAGGCGGCACCCGGCGAUUGAUCGCCGCUUACUUUGUGUUUAAGUCGCUUUUCUUUGCUUUGUUUUGACACCUCUGACUUUGCUGAAGAGCCUCCUACUUUAUCAGUGAUGACCUCCUACUUAAAAAUCUAUUGAGAACCCUGAUAACAGCACUAUUUCAUUGAAGAAACUUUGUUUUUCAUACAUUUACUCAAAAUAAUAAUGAAAAAAUAGAAAGCUACUACAGGUAAGUGUAGCUUGUUGCAGAGGCUCUGUUUAGUCAAUCUGGGGAACACUUUGUACUUAGUCGCAGGCAAAUUUACAUGUAACCUUUUACAAAUUGAGCCGAGCUUGAGUAAAAUUAAUUUUAAUCUAAUUUAAAUUAAUGGGUUGAAUAUUGUGUUUAAAUCAUCAGCUUGCACUGGACAUUUGGAAACGAAAGAUGAUAGAGCCUUUGAAAACGAUGCUGGUGGAGCAUGUGCUUAUUGAAGUGAAAAAGUAAAAUAUUUGAUAUAAAUAUUUAAACUUAUUCCUCAGUUUUCCUUACAUGUAAAAUGGUGAUUGCUUAUGGUGAUUAUUCAAAAAUAGAUGAAACUAGAAUUGUGUUUGUGGGUGCACUGUUUGCAAAUUACAGUGUUACCAAUUUUAAAAGCAUUUUUCUGUCAUACAUUGUAUACAGUUCAUGUUUUUGUUUGGUUCCAUGCUCAGAGAGUUCCAUAACAUUUCUCUGGGAUAUUAUGAGUGCAAUUAUCUUCUUAUUUUGUUCUUAAAAGGAAUCAUGAUAACCCUGAACAUUUUUUACAGGCUCUCGUGUUGAUUACCCCAUAAUAAACUGACUCGUACCCCAACCCCUCUCUUGAUUUGAAACUAGGCAAUGCUGAUAGGAACUGGGGGAAAUGCCCGUCCCCCAGUCCGGCCGCGCCCUCAGUGACAGUCGUGUAUAUUGUGUGAAUGAGUUCUUACAUGUACCCUCUAAGGGCCUGUUUAUAAGAUGAGGUGAGUCAGCCUGCCUAGCCAGGCUGACCCGUUUUAUCAGUCCAGCUCGACUCAUUCCUUGUUCUCGUAAAAUUUUUGUUGUGUUUAUAUGAGAAGGUGGAAUGGCCCAGCAUGCUGAGAUAAUUUCUGAUUGCUCAACCCUGGCUGCCUCACCUUAUAAACAGGUUGUAACAAGUUUGUAGCAGAAAUGUAGUAAAAGGGGGACAUAUGACAUUCUUGAAGACGCUCUUCAUUUCUGUCCUCUUGGAAAUUUCUACAGCUGUAAAUGUACUUACAUAAUAACUAAUUAAAUGAAAUUUAUCCUGCCAGGGAUAGAGAUGGAGAAGACACUCACCAAAAUAUCAUUCAUGACACAGUUCUAUCCUUUGGUAAGCCUUCCAAACACUUGACUGUAUGGUUCAUGUAUUAGAAUAAUGAUGAUAACAAGCUUUUUUAAUAAUAUUUAAAUAGUGAAAAUUAGUUGGCAAAUUAAGUAAUAAAAGAAUAGUUAUGUAAACAUUAUGUCUAGUCUUAUAGCAUUCUGUAGACUUCCCCUAGGCACUCAAUGUCUUUGUUAAUUUGUUUGUUUGACUCCUUAAAUACUGUAUUAAAGUUUUGCUGCCUUUAUGCAUGUACCUGGUAUAUUUCGUUAGUUUCUUUGUAAACAAAAUCUCUGGUAGCCAUUAUAAUUUUUGUGUAAUAUCUUAUAAUUCUUACUGUUUUUUGUUUCAGUGGAAGUUCAACAGUAUCAAGUAAAAGGAGCUCUCCAUGUAAGUUUAAUUUUAGUUUUCCUUAUUUUAUAACAGUCACAUGUAGGGCCAGUUGUAUAAAACUUUAUAAUUAUGAGAAAAAGAGUUUGUCUGUUGCUUUGUCUGAUAUUUAGCAAUUAUCAGAUGAAAAUUAUUAGGCCACUGGGCUUAAGCUACGUGUUAACUGACGCAAGAAUUCCCGACAUUGUUGCAUAAAAAACGUUUGGAGUUGUUGCCUCGAUGUUGGCAGUGGUGUGCAAGCAGAUGCAACAACUCCCAGCAAUGUUAGAACCUGGAGCACACAUCAUCGUGGAAAGGAUACAACCCGUAAGACUUUGUAAACUCAAAGGAGACCAUGUGUGAUGUGCGUGCAUGGCCCCAACAAUGUUGGAAGAGCUGUGCAAACUGAUCCAACAUUGAGCAUUGUGCUAUGCGUGGGUGAUCAUGGAACAAGAGAAAAAUGAUGGGAGUUGUUGACUGAAAAGUUUGAGCAGCUUCAAAGUUUGUGCAACAUGCAACGCACGCAGCAUGUAACAUCCAACAAUGUUGGGAGUUGUUGGCCAAAUAUGUUGUUUGCGAAUGUUAAAUUAAAUUCAUUACUAUCCGAAAUGUGUUGUCUCUGUGAGUUCUAUCAGUCAAAGCGCAUGGUACAAAAAGAAUGUACUCCAACCAUGAACACUUUUUGUUAAAAAAAUUGGUUUAAAAAAUUCCAAAUGUUCCCACCAUAAAAGUGUCCUCACUAAGCUUCUUUCUGUUUUUAGCUCUAUGAGGAAGUGUUAGAGAAACCGCUUUUGGAGGAAACCAAAUCAUAUUACAGAAGGGAAGCAGCAGAACUUCAUGCAGAUAACACCUGCCAUUUGUUUAUUACAAAGGUGUUGUAUUCUUCGUUUUAAGUUAUUUUUUGUUGGCAUUGACUUUACAGUAAACUUUGAAUAUUGUGAAUUUCUUACAUUUGAAACCAUGGAAUCGAAUGAAUACAUUAAAGCAAAGAAGAUCAUUGAAGUUGAAGAAGUAACUUAUGCAGUUGAAAGCCUGAAAUAAUUCAGGCUUGCCAGGAUUUGAACCCUGAACUCUGUGAUACCCGUGGAGCACUCUAACCAAUUGAGCUACUGUAGCAAGCCAACUGGGAGCUUGUCAUUAAAUUGGUUUGUACAUGUAAUUUACUGUCGGUUGCAUCUAAGCGUGUACACGUCAGGAAAAAAAGAUGUUCUAACUGGAUGCAAACAUUACAUGUUUUCCCCAAUCAUUUGAAGUUUAGAAUAGGUGACUUUUGUCGACUUGAUUUGUUUUCGGUCAACAAAAUAUUGAAUUUCUGUUCUCAAAAUUUUAAUUCACGUUAGGAAUAAUGUUUUGUGUUUGGUUUCGGAUGAAACACUGCUUAGUAUUUGCAUCCUUAAUUUCUCCUUCAAAAAUGAUUUUGUUUGUUGUUUCAUCACCAGAUGAAAAUAUGCCUGAAAGUUGAGAAAAAUGAAAUAUGAACGGAACACGCUGAUCAAAAACAUAAUAUAAACAAAUUAACGGCUGUCAAACUUCAAAUGUUUGGCGGCAAAACACAUCAUGUCUGAUACCCUAUCAGAACAUGCUUUUUGUCUUAUGUUCACACUUAUUAGAUGCAACUGGUGGUAUACCUGGGACAGAUGAUGGUGUAAUAAUGAAUUUAUGAAUUUCAUAUUAUCAGAACCACAGAAUGACUUUAUUUAAACUUCUGGUUAGUUGUAAUUGCAUGUCCUUACCUAUUAUAACCAGGUUGAUACACGGAUCCAAGAUGAGGACCUAAGAUGCACAAAGUUUUUUCAUCCUGUGUCAUACAGUCGUGUCAUCAGAGAGUGUGAAGCUCGCAUGGUAGAGGACUACAUACCAUACUUACAAGGAGAAUGCCGACAGAUGGUCAAGGAUGAAAACAGACCUGGUAAAUACGGUGUAUAUUAUAUUCAACAUUUUUGUUCACAUAGAAACUGUGAUGGUCAAUCUGGGUACUCUUUAUUUAACACUUGAAAUAAUAUAAUUUUAUCAAUAUUAAAUUUACAUUAAAAGCAUAAUUGGAUUAUUUUAUUAUGUCUGUGAUUAACAGAACACUUUAGAAGGAAUUUACUUUGAUUAGAUUUUUAAUCAGCUCUAUAUCAUUCAAUUAUGAAAAAAAUCUUUGAUUUGUCUUUUCUUAAGAUCUUGCAAAACUAUUCAAACUGCUGAAGCAAAUCCCUUGUGGACUUAUUGCCAUGGUUACAGAACUGGAAGAACACAUUACCAAAACAGGUAUGGAAAGUGACUACUGGUACAUUGUAAUUUAAUUUAACACUUUGAUGAGAAAAAAUGGUGAAAGUUACAUUAUGUAGGGUUUCAAGUCUUUGUUUUCUUUCCAAUUUUGGUCUUUGAUCUUCUCUGCUUUUAUUUCUUUGUUUUUUUUUUACACCCAGUGAUGUUAGUAACAUUUUUAGUGUUAAGUCAUUCAACUACAUGUAUCACUUAAGAAAUAAGGAAUGAUUUCAUUUAAUACUGUAUAUUACAGGAAACAUGUGAGGUACACUGUACUUUGGACCACAUAUAAUUAUUGUGGUCUAGAUUAGACAGUAUUAAAGUCAAAGACAAACCUAUACAAUCUUUUAAGUCCAGCAUGCAAUGCAUCAACCUUGUAGAUCUUUCCAUUUAGCUCCUGUAAAUAUUGCUUUUAGAAUUUUAGGAAUUUUCCAAUAUAGUAAAUUUUUUAGUAGGGUGAACUCCAUAAUUUUAAAUUCUAAAUGUUUACGAUUUUUUUGCAUUUUAUGCAUGGGAUUUUAUCAAUAGUUUUCUUCAAAAUCAUUAUUUGCUAAACGAUACAGAAUGUUCAUGUUGCUCUAAUGUUCUUGUUUUCUUCUUGUUUUUUCUUUUCUUACCUUUUUAGGUCUCCAGUCCAUUAAAUCAAUCAAAUUUGAAAAUGUAAGUAAAUAGGAAAAUAAAUCUUGAUGCUUUAACCGCAGCAGGAUUAGCUCAGUUGGUAGCGUGUUUGACUACAGAGUGGAAGGUUGUGGGUUCCUGGGGCCGGAUCAUUACUUAGGGUCUUAAAAUAACUGAGAAAUGAAAGUACUCCCUUUGCACUGCAAGCCGCUAGACCUUUGUGUGGCUCUGAUCACCACAUAGAAUGGCGGUCCCGUCUCCAGUUGGAGACGUAAAAAUAGUUUCCCCAAAAUAGUAUUUCUCGUGCUAAAUACCUUGACACUCAAAUAAAGUGCUUUUUUUUGUAUUUAAUGGAAGUGCACUAAGCUGUUCUGGUUAGUUUACAGGAACUCCACAUAAUUUUAAUUGGUUGUUAAUUAUUGCAAAAGUAAAAAACAAACUAUAAGAAAAACCUUUUCAGAGCAUGAGUGACCCACAUGUGGAAACUCAUCCAGGAUUUAAGAGGCUCUGUUAGGGCAAAAUUCCUACGACUGACAUGGAUUUGAAACAGUGACACAGGACAGCAAAAAAUAAUGGUGACAAACGACACAAAGAUAGGUUGAAACUGCGACAAUGACAGACAAAAGCCCAAAUACAAUAGUAAAAUACCGACGGCAGUGACAUGGCUUCCUCCUCAAUAUACGAAACAACAGGUUUUAGAAUUCAGACUGGGGACAUAAUUAUGAUGUAACCACCCUAAGAAGGCCUUGUUUAAACCCUAAGCAUGUUGGUGGGAGACAAGACCUAGCAGUCAUGUAAUGAGAGAGAUAAUGAAAUGAAUGAAAGACAUAGCAGUCACGUAAUGGCUAAGUACUCAUUAGUUUGCUCUAAUAUCCAUUUGUAGGGUCCACAGCAGUAUAUAGAUGAAUUACUAGGUAUCCAUAGGAAAUUCUCUGAACUUAUCAAAGAUACAUUCAAGGAUGAUGCAGCUUUUGUGUCUGCUUUAGACAAGGUAAAGAAGUCAUGUACUUGCACAAAUGUAGUGCCCAGUGAAUAGGUGCGGUUAGGUCUGUGAUAGAAGUCAAGAUUAUGAUGAAAGUUGUGUUCUUUUUUUUCAAGGGCUCUGUAAGGUUCUAAUUAUUGAUUGAUUUGUUUAUUGUACUUUUAGUUAGUAUUUACUGACAGUGAAUUCAAUAGAUACAACCAACAAUCAUAAUGUCUUUCAGUGUCCCGAUGUUUACAUGUGCAUCAGGAAACAAUUAUUUGGGUUUCCUUUUUAGUAUUAAAAUAAUACAUGAUGAUCACUUCAGAGUGAUGCUUUUAAAUAAUUUUAAUAAUUGAUGUUAAUACUAUUUGUAUGUAGAUGAAUUUUAGAUUGUAUAUAUAUCAAAAAAAUCAUUAUAUUACUAAUUGUUUGUACGUAGAUAGAUAAUCUAGGAAUAGUAAUUUCUAAUUAUUGUUGUUAUUUUUUUUGUCUUUAUUGUUUUUACUUUCACGCGUGUUUUAACGAGUUUUUAUCUUUUCUAGAUGUAGGGUGGGUAAAUAAAAUAUUGUACAUUUUAUUGUAUUUUUACUGUAUCGGCCUUCAGCCAUGAUUUUUCUUGUCAUUAUUGAUUUUAAUAGCUUUCCAAAACCUUUAAAAUUAUUUUUUUCUUUUGCAGGCCUGUGCAACUAUAGUGAAUUAUAAACAUGAUCCAAGGCGGUCUUCAAAAUCACCAGAACUGGUAAAUAUCAAUACAAUAACUGAGUAAUUUCUCACUGAUCACGCCACACUGAUUGGUCAUGAGCUAUAGUCUGUGAGAGUAUAGACUGUCCAUUUGUUAAAUGGUCAGUAAUAAAUUAAAAGUGUUGAAUAAAAUAAUAUGGCUGACCUAGAUUUAGUAUUGCAAAAAUAACAAUUUUAUACAAGAGUAGUAAAAAUCCUUUCUUUGUUGAGGACAUCAUGUUGCAUUCCUCUAGCUGGUCAAAAUUUGUAUACCAUCACUAUUCAUUGGUUUUUAAAACAGUUUGUUUGUCACUUAAUGCUUUUUUUUCUUGUUAUAGCUCGCUAAAUAUUGUGACUCCAUACUAAAGAAAAGCACAAAGAAUCUUAGUGAUGCAGAAUUAGAUGAAAAGCUUAGUGAUAUUGUAAGUGAAUUACUGAGGGAAAAAACUCUCUCAUUUCCAAGAAAUAUAACCAUUUUCCAGGACUGGAAGUAGAAUCGUCUGACAAGGAAGGAGGACGAGGCAGCAUGACUGAGUGAUUAGAGCGCUGGACUUGUUAUCUGGACUCCCUGAGUUCAAAUCCCAUGCUGACCGCUAGCUGGAUUUGUUCUUGGUAGUCUUGAGUUCAAAUCCUCGGCCACACUUGUAAAUAGCCAACUUGUUUGCCUCCUACCUGUCAGGAUUCUUAACCUUGUUGUUUUCUGUUUGAAUUUAUUUGUUUCAUUAUCCCUGAAAAGCUCCGUAAGGUAGACUGUUCACAGUCCCCUAUUUUUUCAUGAGAUCGUCGAGGCCCUCUUGAUUUUCAAAUGUACCGAGGGGGGCGGGCGUCGGGGAUUAUUGUUGUAGAUUAUACAAUGUAGUUUCCUCCCAAACCGCCCCGCCCUCUAAGUAGUUUUGACACUCAUACAAGAUGGCAGCCCUUAAAGCAAAGCGCUCGAUCUUGAUAAUCUUAGGGAAAAAUAGAGGACUGUGAAAAGUCUACCCGUAAGGGGACAGGAUAAUUAACUGAUUAUUAUCAUUAUUACUUCCUUAACAAGAUUUGUGACGAUGAUUGUUUCCCCUGGUCGCUCCAAAUCUCAUUUCAUUGUAAUAACAUGAAUCACAAUUUAGAACUUAAUUGAUGUUUGUCUUUUUCCUCCUGCAGAUAAUUAUUUUUAAAUAUAUUGAUGACAAGGAUAUUUUUCAAAAGGUAAUGACUGAUUGCUCUUUGUGUAAUUCUAGAUAAGUGCAGUGGAAUAUAAUACAUCUGGUUUACCCUCUGUGCAUGGCAGGUGCAAUCCCCUACCCCUUUCGAAACUUGCUAUGCGGGCUACAUGCAUCUGGUUUUGUUGUUGUUUUUUUUUCUCAACAUUAGCCCUUUAAGUCCCAAUAGUGACCAACAGCAAUUUUCUCCUAACAAUAUCCAUACAUUGUCAAGAGAUAAGGUUGUGAGAAUAUAAAAAAUGAUCACGAAAGAGAAAAUGCCUUGAUGUUUUAUUAAAUUCUCUCAACUAAUUCUUAAAGGAAAUGUAUGGAGAUGAGUUUGGAGAAUUUGUAUGUGGAUACUGGGGCUUAAAGGGUUAAAUGUAGUUCAUGAACUAGCAGAGUUUAAUUAUUUACACUGCAGUAAUUCCUGUAACAUUUUUGAAGAAAUAGGCCCUUUUAGAGGCUGCAGUGUUGAUCCUUUGUGAUGAAUGCUAAUAUGAUAAAUUUAUCCUUCUGUUUAGUUCUACUCUAAAAUGUUAGCAAAAAGGCUCAUUCAUACACUGUCCGUUUCAAUGGACGCUGAAGAAGGAAUGAUCAGCCGAUUGAAGGUAAGCUGCCACAGCAUCGCGUUAACAGUGUCUUAUGCUAAGCCUCUACCAGGUAAUAGGACGCGCGUGAUCUGGCAAAGAGGGCGGCGGCGGCGGGCAAAAAGAGCCCCUGCGCGUUUUUCGCAUCAGUUUUCACAAUCUUUGUACAUUUUCAUCUUGGAGCUUGUGAAUAGACCACUGAAUGAUAUCCAUCUGAGAUUGGGUGGGAGGAGGGGGGCGGGGAGGGGGUGUGCUUUGUACCACAGUACUACAAGCCCACCCACUUUGCAGAACCACACCCCUAAUCCCCGCCCCUCCCUCCAAUUUCCACUUAUGUCGUUCGUUAUGUAAUUUUCGUGUCAUUUCUGUCCAGUUUGGUGUGAAAAGCAAACCAGGCCUGCCAUUUCGAACUAACAUCAAUUCAAUGAAGGCCACUUAACUUGUUUGUUGUUGUGUUUGUUAUUGCAGCAUGCGUGUGGUUAUGAAUAUACAAACAAGCUUCAUCGUAUGUUUACAGAUAUCAGCAUCAGCUCAGAUCUGAAUUCUAGUUUUAAUGAUUUCCUUUCCAAAGCCAAUGCUUCCCUUGGAGUUGGUUUUAGUCUUUUCGUGUUACAGGUAAGUGUUUACUUUUGCUUCCCUGUUCAAUACCGAAUGAAUGCCUGAACUUUAAAUGAAGUAAAUAGCAAGCUAAAAAUAUAUUAUCCGGUGCGGAGGAACAUUAAUGGUUGGCACAGGCAUACCAGUAAACCUCCUACACCCCUACCCUACCCUGGGUACCAGAGGAUUUCUUCUGCGCCGACCGACAGAUGUUCGGAAGGCCGAAGACACGUGCGAAGACUUGACCGAAACCGGAAACUGCGCGUCAAAAAUCGCUGGUACCCAGGAUAUUACACAAUUAGCAGCGCUUCCAAAUAAGCGCUGCGCUUAGAAGCAAAAAUAGUAAAAAGCGCCAUGACAAAAAGUGGAAAAUGCCAAGGUACUCUUUCGAGUAAAUAUGGGAUGACCGUUUCUUCUUGCCCCUUUAAAGAAAGUGAGAUUUAUUUACGUCUGUAGCUCGAAACCUGAGGCUGACCAGUGCUAAUCCUCCCCCCGCUCCUUUUCUCCAUCAGUGCUUUGUUUUUCGGAUACUGUAAAUCCUGUAUUAAGCUCCCCCGUGGGGGGCUUAUUUGUCUCAAGCCCAUUUGAAGGGGGGCGAUUAAUAGAGGAGGGGGUGGCUUAUUUAAUUUAGAAACGAUGAUGGUAUCAGUUCUUUAUAAAGAACUAGAAUGCAGAUUGGAAUAGGUUAAGGACAAGAAGGUUUAGGUAAUGCAGCCGAGGAUCAAAAUCAAAUCCGAACUUCCAGUUGGUGAAUAAACCAUCCCGGAUCAGUCCACAGGAAGGUUUUCAGUCGUGAUUGAUUAAUACAGUCUACCAUUUAUUAGUGAAGAAUAAUUAGGGGAGGGAAGGGGAGCUUGUUAACUUUCUUCCCCUGAAAAGGAGUGGCUUAUUUUAGAAGGGGGGCCGGGGGAGGGGUGCUUUAUAGAGGAUGUACGGUAUUUAAAGCUGGUCUCAGGUCACAAUGGGGAACUCUCGCACAGAACGCCGCGCAUUUUUCAACUAUGCCAAUCCUUGCUCCUGUCAAAUGCGCUCGAGAUAAAUAAACCCCGGAGUGGCUUAAUCAAUGAUUUACUGCAAGAAAGACAAAUACACGAUCUAACAACAAGCCAGGUAACGAAAGCUCGCAAAGACUGUGUAUGUAGACUUGAUGCAUUGUUCUGUUUAAUUUUUAGUCCGGUGCUUGGCCUCUUGGUCAGACGACUGUUUCGCCGUUAUCCAUACCACAGGAAUUAGUCAAGUCUGUUCAGAUGGUAAGUUGCUUUACUAUGUCCGCUUAAAGGAGCUGUGUCACGAAAUUCAGCCAAAUUAGGAAAUUACAAAAUGCCCGUUACAUUAAGAGAAACAUAAAAAUAACCGGUUAAAACUUUAAAGGAAGGUUCAAAUAACAUAACAGAAACAACAGAUGCCACGGAUGGGCAAAACUGAAGAAGAUUGAAACGGAUUGAAAUUAUGGUUUUUGAAAACUGUUAAGCCUAACAGUUUUUCAAAGUUGAUGCCUGCUGCUUGCAACUUCAAAAAUAAUGCUCAGAAGACAUACUUGUUUGUCUCGGAUCUCUGAUUUUGUCAUUUACCUGUGAUUUCUUUGCUUACUUUAAGUUCCAUAGCGAUUGAGGGCGAGUGAUUGGCAAAUUUAAACAAAAUGAAGUGGACUGCCGUGACACAGCCCCUUUAAGGUCUUUCACCUGAUUGUCUUGGCGCCGAUGCCUAAGUAUUAAUUUUUAUGCCUUGAUAUUAUUUGCAGUUUGAACAAUUCUACAAUGGAAGAUUUAAUGGUCGCAAGCUUACAUGGCUCCAACACCUGUCUACUGGUGAGUAGUAAACCUUGUUUUCAGCUCAAAACCUUUUCAUUUGAAUGGCUGAAUAUUUAUAGUUCCUGCUCUCAAGAGUUACCUUUCAACUGACCAAAACCAACCCACUUUUGACUCUGAAGAUGACGUCUGCGCAGGUUGUCGAAACGUCAGUAGCAGCUUAUGGUAGUUCUUUUCAGGACACUCAUCUAGAUAAUCAUUUUCCACGUCUUGAGUCCCCUCCCUGUUGAAUCAACCACUAAAUUAGCCCCCAGCGUAAGUCGAACAUUAAAGUAAGUUAUGUUACGCUCAUUACCCUGUAGGUGAGAUCAAAGUCAGUCACCUCAAGCGUCCCUACAUUAUCACAGUCACAACCUUCCAGAUGUCGGUUAUGUUACUGUUUAAUGACAAGGAAAGCUUAUCUUUUAGGUAAGUCAGUACAUAAUGCUAAAGCCCCGGCUUUGACAUGUGGAAGACUUGAUUGAAGUUAAUGAAAACGUCAAAUCUCGGAUAUCAGUAGACCCUCGUUCAAGUCUUGUCGUCGCAGUGUCUGCUGCGACAAGAAACUUUUGACCCAAAGAAUAAGGAAGCAGGAUAAAAAGUUAACCCUUGGUUAACGUUUAUCGACCUUCAAACAGGAGGGCCCAGGCCCCACUUGCUUAAAAGAUGGAUAACACUAUCCACUGGAUAUGAAUAGCACAUAGAGGAUAUUAGAUGGCCGCUUGGAGAUACGAAAUUUCUCUUCUCGUUUUGAAAAAUAUUCGAGUGAAAGCGGCCAUGUAAUGUUCUAUUUAUUAUAUAAACACCAAUGAAAUACCAAACCAUUUCAAUUAUAUAGUUUUUUGGUGUGAAAGGCGCGAUUUAUUAUGUAGCCAUAGCAACGGUGAUAUUUUCACAUGUGAAGAUAACACGUUAUUUUUACAUGUGAAGAUAUCAAGUUUUCGCGCGAAAGCUCACCUGGUAUUUGAUUGGUGUUUAUAUAAUAAAACUGGUUAUCCAAUACCUAUCCGCUAGACAGUGAUUCAUCCACGUUUCCGUCCCGGCAAGUUUACCCGGGACUCAUUUAGUAUCAACUAUUUCGAUUGUUUUUGAUUGAUUGCUGUCAAAACCGCUCAAUCAUUGUCUCUUUUGUUUCAGUGACAUUCAAGAACAGACCCAACUUGUAGAAAAAGAAUUAGUUAGAACAUUGCAAUCCCUGGUGGAUGUGCGACUUAUAGCUAUGUCCGAGGUAAGAAUACCUUCUCCAUUCUAGUAGCUUUGCUAAGGCGUAGUUGUACUGUGUUUUGUAAGUCUCUUAGCGAAUAUUAGGCAAAACUACACAAACGAGACCAAACAAAAUCACCGCGAUUCCAAAACGGCUUGUCCAAAGCUGGUAUGCCAUUGAAAGCCUCUUCUGCUUCAUUGAUUUGCGCGCCGAUUGUACUACAUUCCUCUUUUUUUUUCUCCUAGGGGUCUGAUCCUACAAGGUGUACAUACUCUUUGAACAUGGACUUUUCUAGCAAAAGGACGAAGCUAAAAAUAACAACAGCAGUACAGAGAGAAACUCCACAGGUAUCGUUCAUUGAUUUGGCUGAGAAAUGAAACGAAUUUUAAAAUGCUAUUUAUUUAUUUAUCUCUCUAUUUAUUUAUAUAGUCACUCAGUCAGUCAGUCAGUUAGUUUGUGUGUUGGCUAGUUGUUUCGUUGGUUGGUUGGCUGGUAAGUCAGAACGUUAGUAAGCAAGCUAGCAAGUUAGUAGCUUAGCGAGGUAGUCAUUCGGCACUCCCAUCCAUGUAUACAGUUUCAAAACCUCUCCAAGUCGCUCUUUUGAUCUUAGUUUGCUCGCCAGCUCGUUACCUUGCUCCUGUCUUGUUCUUUUAGUGUUUUAACCAUGGUACUGAAAAGUGAAAGCUAUAGAAAUGAAAAUAACAAUCAAAUGGUGGAAAACAGUUAAAACGGAAACACAAAGUGAUCUUUGCGGCACGGGGGCUUGUAAUGGUUACUACUUUUUUUUCAAAAACUCCUUCCAACCAACCUGUACUCCAUCUCCAACGAAAUGUGCUUAAUAAAGCUUUGAUGGUUUGUUUCCCGCAGAAUUUCAGUCGGUUGUCUUACCAUCCCUGUUUUCUUUCCUUUUCUUUUCUUUAUCAUUAUCUUUAUCCCUUUUUCUUGAACCAGGACACAGAGCAGACGCUUUCAUCCGUUGAUGAAGACAGGAAAAUGUACCUACAGGUGAGUAGAUGUCCAUGGUUCAUUUACUUCGUUUGUGUGGACCCUGGGUCUUUUCACCCUAAAACCUUAAACGGUAAAUCCUCUCUUACCUUUUUAUUCUUACGUUUUGGUUUGUUUGUUGAUUUGUUUGUUUUUUAAUUUAUCGAUUGUGUAGGCUGCCAUUGUGAGAAUUAUGAAAUCCAGGAAAGUACUGAAGCACAAUUCCCUCAUACAAGAGGUAAAACCACCGAGUUGCUAGUCAGUGAUAUCAGUGUCAUUUAUUUCACCCGAGUUACAAGUAUCAUUUAAGCAUUAGUCAAUUUGACAACAACCACAGUACUGCGAAAAUAGCGUCCCAAGUCAUUUAGUUAAAUUGCCUGAGAAAAACUUAGGCACCCGUUCAAAAGGCACAUACAAUGACGUUACUAGCCUGCGUCCCAGCCAGCCCACCCACUCGUCUAAACCCGUUGUACGGAAGGUUUAGAGCGUCUGCGACGCAGGCAAUGACGUUAACCGACUCAUUCAUUCUAGAGAUUUUAAUGUUCUAUCAAUUUGAUUGUUUUUGGUGUUGCGAAUGGUUGCGGUAACCAAAUGACGUAAUACAAAAGAUGAAACGACACUGACUAACACCCACACGACAGCACAAAAGCAUACCAACAAUAGCUUCCCCAGUUCCAAGAAACACCCGUCAAUCUUGGGAGACGGUUACUACUCUCGGUUGCAUCUAAGCGUGUACACGAGACAGAAAAGACAUGUUCUAAUAGGGUGCCAGGCAUGACGUGUUUUGCCGCCAAACAUUUCAAGUUUGACAGCCGUUAAAGCAAACUGUCGCGCCAAAGGUAAGUUGAUGACAUGUUUUUGAUGAGCGUGUUCCGCUCAUUUCAUUUUCCUCAACUUUUAGGCAUAUUUGUCGCUCAGAAACAGCACACUUGCCUCCAGAAAUUGUUAUUGACGUCUAAAAAUUCUCGCAAAGAAUAUUUUGUGAAGUAUAUAUGAAAUAAUCCAAUUUGGAGUGCGGUUGUAGAUGAAAGUGAAGAAUGAUCAUCGCAGUAAAUUUUCCAAUUAAGCAAUUGGAAAGAAGAAGCCUGAAAAAACUCAGGGCUUCCUGUUGAAGCCCUGAGUUUUUUCAGGCUUCUUCUUUCCAAUUGCUUAAAGAAUAUUUUGUAGAGCGAAAACAAAUCAAGUCGACAUCAGCCGCCUACCCCAGACGUGGAAUGUUUGGCGGCAAAACACGUCAUGUUUGCACCCAGUUAGAGCGUGUUCUUUACUCACUUGCACACGCUUAAAUGCAACCGACGGUAUUAAGGGACGCGGGAUGGCGUAGUCACAAUCAAGUUAGCCUAACAUAGAGUAUAAACCGUGAACUUAUGGUUUUCUCUGUUCUCUCCGGUAAUCGUUGAAUAAUGUUUCAGUAGUGUUGAGUAAUUAUUGUUAUAUUUUAACGAAAUGUAAUUUUGAAAAUUCAGUGACGUGUAAAGUAGUACAUGUAGAUCUUAGAGGCGGCAAAGAAGCUCUGCGGUAAUGGUGAGAACGCUGUUUUCUUUCUCAUUCUCAUUUUCGAAUUUAACCCAACGUUUCUUUCUUUUUUGUACUAGGUAAUAAGUCAGUCAAGUGCCCGUUUCACUCCCAGCGUUGCCAUGAUCAAGGUACGAUAUUUUUUUUCUUGUCUUGGACAGCACCCUCCAAAUAAUCGCAUUUUGUACUCGAGGUACUUUUACAGGGGGACAAGGCUGGCGCAGUGGGGAGAACUCUCACCUUCCACCAAUAUGGCCUGUGCUUUAAUCCUGGCGUCGACGCCAUAUGUGGUUUGAGUUUGUUGUUGGUUUUCUCUUUCCCCUCUUGCAUCUUGAACGCACGGGUGUUAAGUUUCAACGAGUUUUGGUGAACUCCUAAGUGCUCCGUGGGUAAACAAAUUACAAUUAAUUAUAAUUACAUUUAAAGUUUAAAGUGCCAAUGUGGAAAUCCAAGAUGGGAAAGGAAGGCAACUUGAAAACGUUGCCCUGCCCACUUUACCCUGCCUGUCAGGCCUUAAAAACAGGACGAAAAAAUUGCUUUAUGUUAUGUGUCACCACAACCAAACUGAAGCGGGAGUUUUACCCAUUACGUACUACUAUACUACAUUACAUACUACUAUACUUCAUACUACUAUAUGAAGUACUUCUAACGCCUUGCCCUGCUAUUCCAUGGUGGCGAGUGUGCAUGUUUAUUGCAUACUUAAUUUAUUCGAUAAUCAUGGACACUCGCUACAAAAAGAAUAUCGAUUUCUCUGCGCUCGCGUUCCAUCAGACACAAUCCCCUUUUACUAUUACCAGCCAGUUACAUUGUACUUUGGAAAGUGGCAACGUGACGAAAUAAAACAACGUUCAUUAAUUUGCGAAGAAGUGCAGUCGAAGUGCCAGUUGACAGGUUCGAGUCUUCCCCAGGAAAAGAUGUUUUUGUUAAAAUUCGAGCGAUUUUAACUUUCUUUUAGAAAUGCAUCGAGGCACUGAUAGACAAACAAUACUUGGAAAGACGCGAGGGAACAAAGGAUGAGUAUACGUACAUGGCAUGACGGGAUAGCAACAAGAUGGUGAAAAUGGUGUGGAGUUUGAAGUGCAUUUGGAGAUCUCUCCCGGACAAUAGUCCACUUUCAUGGAAAAAGGCCACACAAAGUUUGUCCUGGUUUCUACGCAAGAGCAUUUCUUCAUCUCUAAAGCUGAAAGAACAACACUCUUAUUGAUAAAUUUUUAUGUGGUCUAGCAGGACUUUGCCAGCUUGGAGGCACUGGAGACAAAGCUUUCUUCGAGCUUGUCUGGAGUAAAAAUUCUGCUUUGAGGCGGUUAGUAGUUUGUUCCUAUUCGAAAAGAAACAUUUGACAUUUGACUUUGUUUGAAAUAUUGUUUCUUUCAACUGCGACAGGUCGUUCAUGAUCGAAUUUUUAAUUUUCCAAUGUACGGUAUUUCGCAUGAGUUUGUAAUAAUUAGUAAAAUAUUCAUUUUUAUAUGCUAGCUACUAAUUAAAGUGCCUGACUUAGAAAACAGUUGCUCAAUAUGUUGUCACUUGCUACAUUUUUUAUUAGUCCAUAAUACAUGUAGAUAUCCAGUUGGAGAGGACAGUAUAUUUCGCAAAAAAGAACGAUAUCAUUUUUCUGUUAUUUUGCUACGUUUUAUUUAAAAAAUAAAAUGGCCAAAGCGUGUAGUGCACUAACAUGAAACAAGAUGGGUAUAUAUUAAAACGUAUAUUAAC